UGGCUAAGUACUGGUUGCGCGCGGCUUUCAAAUGGCACAACAGGUGCGGCGUUCUGAGCGCCUGCGGCAGGUGCCAAGGCCGCCGCGACAGGGCCUCCAGGGCCUCAAGGGCCUCAAGGGGAGUGAGCGCUUGCAGCUGCUGGAGACUGACUUCGCAGUUGCGGAUCCACUGGACGCGUCAGAUGGCGAGGCAGAGAAGCGGAAACGCCGGCAAGGCGCAGAGUCGCAAGCGCUCAUUGGGCCCAAGCGCAGAAGAUUUCUCUUCCAGGAACUGGCUUCACGCGCAGAGGAGGGCCCGAACUUCUUCACCUGCGAGGCCAAUGACACCUUCAGAUUGGCGACUGCAUCUACUUUGCCGAGACGCUUCUUUUGCCCGAGCUGUCUCAAACUGGCAAGGUACAAGUGUCCUCAAUGCUGCGGUGCCUUCUGCAGUCUCGGCUGCCAAAAGCUGCACAAAGAGGUGCUUUGCAGAUGAAGGCAGAGCUCGGCCUGCAGCCAGAUGCCAAUGUAGAAAAGGACC